GGGGAGCUGAAAAGGGGUGUGUGUGUGUUUUUAAAUGCUCUUUUGCCUGCUUGGGUUUGAAUUUCUCUGCAGCUACAGAAAGGAAGAGCCCCAGGCCUAGCAAGGGGGAAAAGAGAGCUUCUCAACAGCCGGGUGAGGUAGGUUAAACCAAGAGGCUGUGACUUUCCCAAUGUCACCCAGCAGGCUUCCAUCUGAGAAUUCUGGGAGAACAAGUGAGGUGCCAGAAGACUGGAGGCAAAUCUCCUCAUCUCCAAGGAGGGGGAAAGGAGGAUCCAGAACUUCCCAGGAUCAUAGAGUUGGAAGGGGUUUGGACCAGCUCCUUUGCUCAAUGCAGGAGUUUCUCCAUGCUGAGAAAUUAUUGUCGUGGGAUCAGGCAGAGAUGAAAAUGGAAGAACCAGAAGCUGCAGGCUCCACAACAGAAGAAAGAUCACAGGGGGCAGAAAAAGCCUCUUAUGACAUCCGAGCAGAGAGAAAAUGCCUGCAGAGCAUGUCAGCACAACGUAAGGUUAAACAGGAACCAGGUGAGGGGCUUGUUCCUCACUGGGAGGCCCAGUGGCAGGACUUCCUGAAGACUGUGGAGGCCCCUCAUCCAGGAUGGACCAUUCCCCAGUUGCCAGAGGAGCCCACCACUCCUUGGGAUGACACCAAGACCUUUCUCGCCUCCUUUGAGCAAGUGGCCAAAGCCUGCCGCUGGCCAAGACAAGAAUGGGUGACCCGACUCCUGCCAGCUCUCAGUGGGGAAGCCGAGCAGGCCUUCAGCCAGCUGAGUGUCAGAGACAGACAGGAUUAUGGGACAGUGAAGACAGCCAUCUUGCGAGGGGAUGCUAUCAGCAGGGAGAAACAGCGUCAACACUUCCGACAUUUCUGCUACCGGGAGGCUGAUGGACCACGAGGGGCUCAUAGUCGGCUCCAGGAGCUCUGCCAUGGGUGGUUAAAAGUCGAUAGGUACACCAAGGAGCAGAUCUUGGAGCUGCUGAUCCUGGAGCAGUUUCUGGCUGUCUUGCCCCUUGAGAUUCAGAGCUCAGUAAGGGAAAUCGGGCCGGAUACCUGCUCUCAGGCAGUGGCCUUGGCUGAGGAUUUCCUGCAGAUGCAAAGAGAAGCAGAUCAGGUUGAGAACCAGGUGUCAUUGGAGGAGGUGGCUGUGAACGUAUCUGAUGCUGGCCAAGCACCAUUUCAGAUAGAGCAGAGGCAGCAGUGCAUGGAGGGAACACUGGCUGAGGACAGAAGCACCAGGCUUGUGGCAGCUAAAAGGUGGAUUAGUGCUCACAGAAGGGAGAAAUGCAUGGCAGAACAUUCAGAACAUGCAGGACCAAUGAAUCUGGUGGCUGGCCAAGAGGAAGAGAACAUUUCCUCAGACAGCGAGAUGGAAAAUGCCCCUGAGGGUCAAGAAUGGCAAAGUGAAGUCCACCCUAGACAGGGAGUGGAUGAAUCAGGUUCUUUGGAGGAUUUGAGGGAAACUUCAGACCGACAGGGUGCUUGCUCCGGUAAGAGACAAAACACAUAUAGUGUCUGUAGGGAAAGCUCUGGGCUCAAUAUAAAUCAGAUCGCACACCCCAGAGGAAAGCCACAGAACAAAUGCUUGAUUUGUGGAAAAUCUUUCCUAUAUAGCUCAGAUCUCAUAAUUCAUCAUGGAAUCCACACUGGUGAGAGACCCUAUGAAUGCCCUGACUGUGGCAAGAGAUUCAUUCGCGGCUCAGACCGUAACCGCCAUCAGAGAAUACACACUCAAGAGAAACUGUACAAGUGCCUCGUCUGUGGAAAAUGCUUCCUCUACAGCUCAGAUCUCAUCAUUCAUCAGAGAAUCCACACAGGCGAGAGGCCAUACGAAUGUCUGGAUUGUGGGAAAAGGUUCAGUUGCAGCUCGGACCGUAACCGCCAUCAACGGAUCCACACUGGGGAGAAGCCAUAUGUGUGCUUGGACUGUGGGAAACGUUUCAGCCAGAAAGUUCAUCUGAACAGGCAUUGUAGGAUCCACAUGGGAGAGAAAUCAUACCAGUGCCAAGAAUAUGGAGAAAGCUUCGGCGUGAUGGUUAUGAGGACUUGAACAAAGAAUCCAUGCAGGUAAGAGAUGCCACUGUGUUGAGUCUACAGAACAAGCUUUGUUGGUAACUCAGAUCUCAUUUAUCCAUGAACACCCUAUUAACAAGGGAGCACACAAAUGCCAGGAUUGUUACUUGGGAACACAUUAAGGUUCAUAAUCACCAAAACAUCUAUGCAAGUGAAAAAUCCUGGGGGUGCCCUGAUUGUGGGAUGAACAUCCGCCACCUGUUCCAGAUUCCUCAGAGAAAUCCAUCCCAGAGAGAAGCCAUACAAACCAUCCUCUUGUGGGAAAGGAUUUGGAUCCAGGCCACUCUGUGAUUAUCACCUGAGAAUCCACGCUGGGUGAAACAAAAUGAAUCAUUGGCUGGUGAAAAGAAUGUCUGCUGGAAAAAUUGAACUCAACCAGCAUCCAAACAGAUAAAUUUUCAAAAGAUAGGGAAAGGUGAGCUGAAAUCUCCUUGCACUUCAUGAGUAGCAUAUGAUGGAAACCAAACAUGGACUCUGCAGAAAAUGCUGGAUGCCUUUUAGUGUUACUUUAGAGGAAAAAGACCAUUGUGGAAGAAAUCUGUGUUUCCCAAGAGCAGUCAGAGACUGUGAGAAAAAUAAUUUUCUGUUUUCAUUGUUCUUUGUAGUUUGGGAUAUGCUGUCUUUUCUGGAUUUGUUGUUACACUGUUUUUGUUGACGCUUUCAUGAAUUUACCUCUUUUGGUUUGUUCUUGUCAACAACUCAUUUUUGCAAGAGGGCUACUUGGAAGUUCCCCCUGGCUUCCUCAGGAUAUCAGUAUGCAUCACCCCAUUUCUCUUCUUAUAAUCCUGUUCAAUCUCCACUGUGUAAGUGGGGGAGCCAUAUCCUCUUGUUAUGGGGUUUCCAGAGUCUGCUUGGCAGCUGGUGGGAGGUUAUGGCAAGAGACAAAAUAUCCUCUCCCUUCAAAACAGUGAUGUUAUUUAUCUCCAUGCCAUAAAAAGUUCAGCUGCCUAUUUCCAUGGAGGAAGCUUCUAUUAAAGGGGGAAGACAUUUUUUUCAGGCUGUUGGCAAUCCUACUUCUACUCUUAGCUAAAGGCCUUUCCAUCUAUUCAAAAUGUAUCUCAGUUGCAUUUUGGCAGAUGUGUGCAAUAUUAC